AUGCGCUCGCAACCAUUCCAUAGUACUUGUCGUGAUCCUUUCCGUCAUGCUUCGAAGAGGGUGUGCUGGUCCGGGGCUGCAUUGCGGUCGGACGUGCGCCACGUGGGACGGCGCACGGAUGCUCUCCGUGAUGCUUUCCGUGAUGCUUCGAGGCGGGUGCGCUGCUCCGAGGCUGCGUUGCAGGCGCAAGUGCGCCGGAUGGUUCGGCCGAUGGUUCGGCCGAUGGUUCGGCGCCAGGCCCCGGCUCCGAGAGAGGUAUGUUGUCGUGCUGCGUUGCGGCCGAAAGUGAGCCGGACGGGCUCGCUUGCGUUCCAUGGUGCUUGCCCUGAUCCUUUCCGUGAUGCUUCGAGGCGGGUGCGCUGCUCUGGGGCUGCAUUGCCGUCGCACGUGCGCCAGAUGGUACGCCGUUAA